AUGUCCGCUUUGGUAGAAGCCGAACGUAUGGAGCGCGAAAAGGCACUCGUGGAGGCACAGCAGCGUGUCGACAUGCUGCGGGAGACCGUGCGGGUGAUGGCAAACCGCCAGAUGGUACUUAUGGGAACCAAGCGGCGGCUUGAGAUCUCCACACGGGAGCUGACAAAGCUGAAGCCCGAUCACUCCGUGUAUGAAAGCAUCGGCCGCGUCUUUCUGCGCACCCCAGUGAAUACGCUCAUAGCGAAGCAGACAGAGCAGGCGGAGAAGUGCGAGGCGGAGGAGAAGCGACUCUCCGGCGAGAAGCAACGCAUCGCGGAACAAUUGCAGAAGGAUGAGGUUCAGCUGCGUGAGGCGGCACAAGUCUAUAUGGCGGAAAUGAAUGCAAGGAGACAGCAGCAGCAGCAACAACAACAACAGCAGCGUUAA